AUGCAUGCCAUCGCCGAGUUGAUGUCGCGCGACUCCACUCUGCGCGAACUCAAUCUCGCUACCAACAAGAUAUCGGACGUUGGAAUGCUAGAGUUUGGCGCUGCUCUUGCCUAUAAUAAUCAUAUACAGAUACUGGAUUUGAGUAGGGUCUCAACAACAACAAUAACAACAACAUUGGUAACAUCGGCAUCGGCAACAUCGGCAACAACAAGACCGGUAAGAGUCCACUGUCUUACUCCGUGCCGAAUCUCGAGCAAUUCUCAAGUGGUAAGAGCACUCUUUCCAACUUUGGUUUGGUUGAUUCUCGAUAGUAAUCGUGUUGGCGACGAAGGUGCCAUCGCACUCUCACAGGUCAUUGCAAACAACCCACCACUUCAAACGAUUUCCCUCGUAUCCAAUCUCAUUGGAGAGUCGGGUGGUCGUGCCAUUGAUGCACUCGAUCUCAACUCCACUCUCAAAUCUAUUUUCAUUGCCAACAACGAUAUUUGUGAUAACAUAAAAGAAACACUUGAAGCAAUUCCACAAUGCACAGAGUCAUAA